GGGGAUAAUACGGCGGAGCCGCCCGGGCUGCAGUCCCGCCCCGGAGCCGGCAGGGAGCAGAACUGCGGAGCCGCCUUGUCUCACGCGUCUGUCGGUCAGUUCUUGCGUCCUUCUGUCCAUCCGAACGCGCACUGCAGGAGCAGCCACGAGGGUGGCAUGGCAGUGAGCACAGACGUGGCUGGGCUGGAGGAGAGCUUCCGCAAGUUUGCCAUCCAUGGCGACCCCAAGGCCAGUGGGCAAGAGAUGAACGGCAAGAACUGGGCCAAGCUGUGCAAGGACUGCAAAGUAGCUGAUGGGAAGGCCGUGACAGGGACGGAUGUCGACAUUGUCUUCUCCAAAGUCAAGGGGAAGUCAGCUCGGGUCAUCAACUAUGAGGAGUUCAAGAAGGCCCUAGAAGAGCUGGCCACCAAGCGAUUCAAAGGAAAGAGCAAAGAGGAAGCCUUCGAUGCCAUCUGUCAACUGGUAGCAGGCAAGGAACCAGCCAACGUGGGUGUCACUAAAGCAAAAACAGGGGGUGCUGUGGAGCGGCUGACUGAUACCAGCAAGUAUACAGGCUCCCACAAGGAGCGCUUUGAUGAGAGUGGCAAGGGCAAGGGCAUUGCUGGACGGCAGGACAUCUUGGAUGACAGUGGCUACGUGAGUGCCUACAAGAAUGCAGGCACCUAUGAUGCUAAGGUGAAGAAGUGAAGCCUGAGAAGGCCCCCCAGCACGGCUGCCCCUGCCAGAGGCUCAGUCCUGGGCCUAAGGGGCACGUAGAGCAAGAGAGCUGGUCCCCUACCUGCCAGACCAGCCACUCAGAGCUACUCAGCCCACCAGGCCUCUGACCCAGACUGCUAUGCACCCUCUUCCUCCUCUUUUUCCUCCACCCCCCCCUCCCCACCCUACAACUUCUGUCCCUCUGGGGAUAGUCUGUGCCUAUAACCUCACCACCCCAACCUAGCCCCAAGCAUGGCUAACCCUUGCCUGCUUGACUUGUAUUUUAAGCUGCUGCUCUGGCCAAGUGCCUAAUUCUUCCCCAGACCUCAAUAAAGACACCUUUUGUACCAA